GUGCAAAAAAGACUAGGCGAAUGUGGUCAAAACUGRAGGUGGAUGCAGUGGAAAAGACUUUAAUGAGCUUCAUCAAAAGUGGGAAGAUGCCUGGUAAAGCUGACUGUGAAACAUGCAUUGCUGCCGACACUGAAGCCCUGUCUGAGCGUGACUGGAGAGCGGUAAAAUUUUAUGUUCACAACAGGAUAGUUUCCAGUAGAAGAUAUUGAAUAAUAAUGUAGKUUCAGAGGUAUGUUCAGUCUUGUAUUUUUUGUUAUUGUUU